AUGUCCAAACCCACCGUUUCCGCCUACGUCGUCCACAUCGACAGCCCGGACAAAAGCCAGAGCUUCCGCGAGCACCCGGUCCUCGACUUCCUCUUCGACCACCAAGAGGCCUUUGACCAGGGCGACAUGAAGACGGGGCCCUACACGGGCUACCACACCGACGACUUUGUCUUCACCAAGGCCGACGGCACGGUUUUUCCGCCCGGCGAGGCGUCGUGGCAGGGCUGGCUGGCGGGCUACGCGCCCUUCACGGAACACCUCCACCAGCCGCGGUACUGCUGCGUGUACGAGCGUGGUGAUGGAAGCGGGUGGGAGAUGAUGGGCGUGGCGCACGUCUUUGCCAACCUCGCCGCGCCGGGCGAGAAGACCAAGGAGGAUCUGUCCGGGCGGCGGUGGGAUGUGGUCGUGCCGGGCGCGUUCCUCUUCAAUUGCGUCAAGGAUCCGAGUGGCCCAAAGGGGUUCAAGGUCAAGUCGAUGACACUCUAUGGCGACGGUACGCCCGUGCUCGCCGAGAUGGUGAAGCGCGGGAUGGUCAAGCCGGAGGAUUUGGCGGGGCUCCUAGCUAGGCCCCAUGCGGUGAUAAACCUACCAUUCUAUGCGGCGGCCGAGACAUUACCGUCGUCGUGCUUGCCGAAUCCCAAAGGUCCACGCGCUCUUCAGGACGGGUUGAGCAGUAAAUGCUACAUCAUCAUGGAACGGGUGACGGGGACCACCACUCUGCAAGAGAUGUGGCCUUCUCUGCACCACGACGGGAAGGAAGCGGUCUCAGCCAAAAUCGAAAGAUACAUCGACGAGUUCCGCUCAAUCCCGUCGCCAAAGGCUUAUUGCAGCGUGGGCAACAGACCCCUCCGUGAUGCUCUCUUCUGCACCGGUUUGAGGACGAUUGGAAUGUGUGGGAUGAUCGAAUUCUAG